AUGGAGGAAGACGGCUUCAUUCUCGUCCCCAGAGUGGACGAGAAAUACUCUUUGAGCAACCGAUGCUGUACCCAAGACGAUGAAUCCUCCCAGCUUUUGUCGGACAUUGAUGACUUCAUCGACAGUCUUGAAGAGUCACUAUGGGCCCUGAACACGUUCAUCCACGCAAACCCUGAGCUCGCGUUCCAGGAAUACAAGACACACAAAGCGUUGACAGAGUUCCUGCGGUCGCAAGGAGAGCAAUGGCGUGUGACACCAUCAGCCUACGGAAUGGAAACGGCAUGGGUGGGUGAAUAUGACAGCGGUCAACAUGGGCCUGUUGUCUCAUUCAACUUGGAGAUGGCGGAAACAAUGAGACGGCAUAACUUGCCAGGGAAGGUGUUCCUUAUCGGGACGCCAGGGGAAGAAGGCUACGGGGGUGGCAAGAUACGUCUCCUGAAGCAGGGCGCCUAUCGGGGGGUCGACAUCUCUCUCAUAUCGCACCCCGGCAUUCUGCACAACAGCCCCCUCGUGCGAACUACUGCUUUUGCGCGUCUCGAGGUCGAGUACUUCGGACGGGCGGCACACGGCGCCAAGAACCCAUGGAUGGGAAUCAACGCUCUCGACGCUCUGGUCGUCGCAUACAAUGCGGUGUCGGCCCUGCGCCAGCAGACCAUGUCAGGCGACGUAAUCGGUCUGGCCAUCACUAACGGCGGAGAAAAGGCUACGAAUAUUAUUCAUGCCUACGCCGCCUGUGUCUGUAUGAUUCAUGCGACUAGUGCUUCUCGCCUAGAUGUGCUGCAACACAAAGUCAGCGCUUGCUUUCGUGCGGGCGCCGAGGCCACCGGAGCAACGGUCAAAAUCAACAUCACUCCCGGCUAUCAGGAUCAUGUCCCGAACCGCGUUCUCGCGGCAUCGUACGCAGCAUACUGGAAUAUGUUACCCGACCCGCCGGACCCGUCGAUUCCAUUACCUGAGAAGGGGAAUCAGCAGUUCACUUGGGUGCCGUCGAGCACGGAUCAAGGAAAUCUUAGCCAUGCGAUGCCGAGCGUGAACGCGAGCUUCGCUAUCCCCCCCGGCCCCGAAGCCGGGCAACCGCACAGUCCCGACUUUGAGAUGGCGUCGGGAACCAAACCGGCCUUUAUGAGAGCUCUCAGAGUGGGAAAGGCCUUGGCGGGAACGGCGGUGGAUGUGCUGGCGAGGCCCGGUUUGCUCGACGAGGUCAAGAAGCAAUGGAAGCGAGACAUGGAAGCAACGGACGGACCGCUCCAUGAAUGUUUUCCAAGAAUAGGUUGA